CGCACCACUUCUGUCUAUCAGUGCAAUAAACAACGGCUAGCACACACGGACGCAGAACAAACCCUCCCCGAACAAUUACCACAAUAAAACAAAAAUAUCGCAAUUAGCUACAUCUCCACCCGAUCCUAAUGAAGGAUCUCCGGCCUGACUGACUAGGAGAUGGGAAUACUUAACAUAAUAGACCAGACUUUGCUGGUCCAGGCUAUAUUUAGCCGAAAUGCAGAGGAAGUGAAGUUUUUGUUGCACAAGAAUGAAGAAGUCAAUGCACUGGACCAAGAACGCCGUACCCCCUUACAUGCUGCUGCGUGUUUGGGCGACGUUCACAUUAUGGACCUCCUCAUUAAUUCAGGUGCUAGUGUUAAUGCUAAGGAUCAAGGCUGGCUGACACCCCUGCAUCGGGCAGCUGCCUCACGGAAUGAAAAGGCUGUGGGGCUGCUUCUGAAGCAGGAUGCGGAGGUCAAUCUGCGAGAUAAGUUUUGGCAGACGCCGUUGCACGUGGCGGCGGCGAACCGGGCCACACGCUGCGCUGAGGCCCUAAUCCCCAAGCUGAGCAGCCUGAACGUAGCAGACCGCUCUGGCAGGACAGCUCUGCACCAUGCAGCACACAGUGGCCACGUAGAGAUGGUGAAUUUGCUCCUUAACAAAGGGGCAAACUUGAGUGCCAGCGAUAAGAAGGAGAGGCAGCCAAUCCACUGGGCCGCAUACCUCGGGCAUCUGGAGAUCGUGAAGCUACUGGUUUCGCGGAGUGCGGACGCCAUGUGCAGGGACAAGCGAGGUUAUACCCCGCUCCAUGCCGCAGCUGCCAGCGGCCAGAUCGAGGUGGUCAAGUACCUGCUGCGGCUGGGGUCAGAGAUUGACGAGCCCAACACUUUUGGGAACACAGCGCUCCACAUGGCGUGCUACACAGGCCAGGAGGCGGUUGCCAACGAGCUGGUGAACCGAGGAGCCAACGUCAACCAGCCAAACAUGCGAGGCUGCACGCCGCUGCACCUGGCCGCUGUCUCCACCAACGGGGCGCUUUGCCUCGAGCUGCUAGUUAACAACGGUGCUGAUGUCAACAUGCAGAGUAAAGAAGGGAAGAGUCCUUUGCACAUGGCCGCUAUUCACGGGCGCUUCACUCGCUCCCAAAUCCUUAUCCAAAACGGUGGGGAGAUCGACUGUGUAGAUAAAUAUGGCAAUACUCCUCUUCACGUUGCUGCUAAGCACGGCCACGAGCUGCUGAUCAGCACCCUGAUGACUAAUGGUGCUGACACGGCCAGGCAAGGGAUUAAUGGGAUGUUUCCAUUGCAUUUGGCUGUGCUCUACGGGUUUUCAGACUGUUGUCGCAAGUUACUCUCCUCAGGUCAGCUGUACAGCAUUGUAUCAUCUCUGAGCAACGAGCACGUGCUGUCAGCCGGGUUUGACAUAAACACCCCAGACAGCUCGGGGAGGACCUGCCUGCACGCCGCUGCCUCUGGAGGAAACGUUGAAUGUCUUAACUUGCUGUUGAGCAGUGGUGCCGACUUGAGUAACAAGGACACAUUGGGAAGAGCUCCUUUGCACUACGCUGCGGCGAAUGGGAGCUACCAGUGCACGGUUUCCCUGGUGAGUGCUGGUGCCGAGGUGAACGAGCUGGACCAGAAGGGCUGCAGCCCCCUGCACUAUGCCGCUGCCUCGCAGACCUUCCGCCGAGUGGACAGACAUUACUCAGUUGGACACCAUAGUGAGGAGAGGGCCAAGGAGGCCUUUUUUUGUUUAGAGUAUCUGCUGGAUAAUGGGGCUGACCCAUCUCUGAGGAACACCAAGGGUUACAGCGCAGUCCACUAUGCAGCAGCCCACGGAAACAAGCAGAACCUGGAGCUGCUCUUGGAGAUGUCUUUCAACUGUCUGGGAGACGUGGAGAGCAGUGUUCCAGUUAGCCCUUUGCACUUAGCCGCGUAUAAUGGUCACUGUGAGGCUUUGGGGGUGUUGUCUGAGACGCUGGUGAGUCUGGAUGUUCGGGAUGCGGGGGGGCACACCGCCCUCUACCUGGCAGCGCAGCGGGGACAUGCUCAGUGCGUGGAGGUACUGCUGUCCCACGGGGCCUCCUGCCACCUCAAGGAGCGCCGCCGCAAGUGGACCCCGCUUCAUGUCGCAGCUUCCAACGGCCAAACAGACUGUCUGCUCAUGCUGGUCAACCGAGGAGAGAAGGCUGACGUCAUCGAUAUUGUUGACAUACAGGGACAGACGGCUCUGAUGCUGGCAGCUCUGGGUAGUCACACUGACUGUGUCCACAUCUUGCUGGAGAAAGGAGCCGGGGCUGACACCGCUGACAAGAGAGGCCGCACUGCUCUACACAGAGCUGCGGCGAUGGGCUGUGAGGACUGUGUGUCGGCCCUGCUCGAGCACGGGGCCUCUGCUCUGUGCAGGGAGUCCCGGGGACGUACACCCCUGCACCUGGCCUCCUCCUGCGGCCACAUGGAGCUCCUGCGCAGCCUGCUGCAGGGUGCCACAAGCACCGACCCCCUGGACUCCUUGCUGGACUACAGCGGAUACACCCCCGCCCACUGGGCAGCCUACCACGGGCACGAGGACUGUUUGGAUGUUUUUCUUGACCACAAACCUUUUAGCAUACAGGAAGGAAACCCCUUCACCCCAUUGCACUGUGCUCUAAUAAAUGGCCAUGAUGGUGCUGCUGAACUACUGGUAGAGACCGUUGGAACUCAGAUGGUGAACAUCAGAGAUGCCAAAGGAAGGACCCCGUUGCACGCAGCUGCCUAUUCAGAGAGUGUGGCCGGGCUGCAGCUGGCCCUGGUUCAGGGGGCAGAGGUCAAUGCGGUGGACACCACCGGACACUCCGCAUUGAUGGUUGCCGCCAACAACGGACAGACUGCAGCCGUCGAGGUCCUGCUGCACCAGGCCAAGGCAGACCUGACCCUGCUGGAUGUCAACGACAACACCGCCCUUCACCUGGCCUGCAGCAAGGCUCAUGAGAUGUGUGCCCUGUUAAUCCUGGGAGAGAUCAGUGACCCCUCCCUCAUCAAUGCAACAAACGGUGCACUGCAAAUGCCCCUUCAUAUCGCUGCGAGGAAUGGUCUGGCUACGGUGGUGCAGGUGCUGCUCAGCCGGGGGGCAGCCGUGAUGGCAGUUGAUGAGGAGGGCCACACCCCGGCCCUGGCCUGUGCCCCUAACAAGGAUGUGGCGGACUGCCUGGCCCUGAUCCUCUCCACCAUGAAGCCUUUCCCUCCCAAAGACGCCAGCGCCGCCUCCUCCUUUGGCCUCAACCUGCUGAAGCACUGUGGCAUCGCCGCCUGCGGGCCCCUGCCCAACGGCAACCUGCGCCACACCUACGCCAAGGACCGUCAUGGCACCAUCGGCCUGGACGGCUGCUUCACCGAGUGAGAUGAAACCCCCCCCCCCACCAAACCUGCUCCCCCUCAGACCGCCAUACCCUAGGUGCCCCUGUCCCGUUGUAUCUCUAACUAGCCGGAUCGCCCCUCUUUAAUCCACUAUGAUCCGGGUUACAACCCCCCCCCCCCUUUCUAACACACAACAAGAGCAGGAAUAUACUUAGUUUCACGUGUGUGUGUGUUUGGAUGUGUGUGCGUGUGUCUGUCUGUUUGAAGAAAAACGAAAUCCCUAAUGGGUGUUGUCAAACCUAUAUGCAAUUAUUUGCCUCUCUCCUCUGGCAUCAUUUUCAUUGUUUAUUUGUCUGUCGUCACUAGCCUGGGCUUAGGUAAGACACCCUCUGUCCAGUGUCCAGGACAGAGCUCGUCACAGAGUCCCUCUAAAUCCUACCAGCAGUGAUGAUUUUUACCCCUUACGAUAUUAUCAUGGAUGUUUUUGUUGAAUUAACAGAUUCACAAGCAUGUGUGACAAGUUACAGAUAGUAUCAUUUUAGUUCUAAAUUAAAUUUCAAUUUUUGGUGAAUUUUUGAUAUUGCACUUCAACAACGAAUAAACUAACCUCGCAAAUCCCAGUGAAAGCGAUGACCUAGUAGAAGGAGAACGGUGCCUCCAACUUCUCCUCUGACUUAAACUGGUGCAAUAUGCAGCAUGUGUGGGUAUUUCCCGUGCUGUGCGUCUCUGAGAGAGAGAGAGAGAGAGUUGAAAGCUCUGCACAGAAACCACAUAGAUUUUAAAAUAAGCGGUUACAAGCUGGUGUCUACUCCCCUAGACAUCCGACAACAAGCACUUGCUAAUGGCUAAGGCCAUCUGAGUGACACCAUCCAACGGGUCCAGACACUGGGGGUUUCUGCAUUAGCCCACCUCUCAAGGAGUCCAUACUAAAGGAAGAAGUUGUGGUUCUUGCCUGAACCCCACUACCGCUUGUCACUGUCGUAGGCGUUUCUGGAUAUUUAAACAAUGUUGUGCCUAUGGAACACUGAGAACAACUGAGAGAUGACCCCACCCCCUCAUCCCCAACUAGUUUAUGCCCUCUGAUCUCCCACCUUAUCCCUGAUUAUUUGAGACUUAAAAAGAGAACAAUUCUAGUGGGACAUUUUUAAAGGGUGAAAUUCUGUUUGUUUUUUUAAAGAAAGAUGGGUUUAGCACACAUACUGAUUGCGGUAUAAGCUAUUGUUGUAUAAACACUUGUUUACACAAUGUAAACCGACGUCGCAUUUACUUGUGAAUUGUCAGUCAAAUAUGUUUGCACAACAGAGCCAUGAGAAAAUACGUGUUUUUAAUAUAGCUGCUAAAAUAUUGCUGCCUUUUCCAUGGAUUGUAUUCACGGUUUCCGUCAAUGCGGAUCUACAUGUAAUGUUUAUUUUGACUCUUUACGUUAUUUGGAAUUGGAAGCAAUAUUCAGUCACAGACAGCCUUCAAACUAUAAUAGCAUUUUUAUUUCCCUGCUGUUUGCUAUAGUGGAGAGGUUCAUGUAAUUUUCCCUUUUUUUAACCUAUUUAUCGUUUCAUGCCAAACAGCCAUACUUGUUUUCUUCUGUCUUCUUUUGCACAUUAGUUGAAUCAAUUUAGUUUUUUGUGUUUCACUUGAUUAAGCUAUUUAUGAAGAUUGUUAGUUAUGUUAAUUAGAACAUAAUUCAAAUUAUGUUCACUCUUGUAAUUGUUUUCAUGUGGUUGUAGCGAUAUGAAAAAAUUCAGAUUACAAAAUCUAUCAGUAUUUGACCUUACUCACACUUCCAUAAACUAUUUGUAAUUCAGGAACAUUUCAAAUCCAUGGUGUACUGUAAUAUUAAGCAUUAUCCUAUUUUGUUAAUGUAUUUUCAAUAUUACAUAAAUGUAGUUUGGCUUAGAUAGUGAAAUUGUGAAAGUAGUGGUAAUGUACCGGUAUCUUUACUCUUCACAACAUAUGGCUAACACUGAAAACUAAAAUAUCUACAUUACGUUGCUAUGGUUAUGUAUGGACAGCUACUUUUAUUUAGCUUUUUUAAAUGUAUGAUUAUCAGCAUCACAAUGGCUUUUAUAUAUAAGUAACUGCAUCUCGGAAGUGGUUUAAGAAGUGACUUAGAGUAUUUUAUUUAUUUGAAUUUCAAAGAAUACCAAAAGUGAUUGAUUUCUUUUACACCCAUUUUCAAGUAUGUGUGCUCCCGUUUCUCUUUUGCGUCAACAAGAACACCAUGUAGGCAUGUCUGGUACCAAUACCUCUAUCGUGUGAUACACUGACAACCUCAUCCACCUUU